AUGGUGAUAGUGCUUGGUAGCGUUGGUUUCUCCCUUUACAGGAAAGUGAAAGAUGCCUCAUGUGAGAAGAAAAGGUUUCUGGAAGUUUAUCCUCAGGUGAAACGGGAGCUUGAGGAGAGCAUCAGGAAGCUCCACGCCCUUGCAGACAAGAUUGACAAGGUGCACAAAGACUGCACCAUCACACAAGUGGUGGCCAACUCAACCAGUGCUGCAUCUGGGGUCCUGACAAUCCUUGGUCUCGCUCUGGCACCUGUGACAGCAGGGGUCAGUCUGGGACUUUCAGCCACAGGCUUGGGGCUUGGGGCAGCAGCAGCUGUGACGAGUAUUUCCACAACCAUUGUGGAAAAGGCAAGCACAGCAUCGGUGGAAGCUGAAGCCAGCAAGCUUCUGCCAAGGAGCAAUGACACUGAGAACGACAUUAAAAGCAAUGACACUGAGAAGGACAUUAAAGAAUUUGUGGGGAAGAACACCCCCAAGCUGGCUUCUGUAUUUAUAAAAUCCUCCCAGAACCUGAAUGAAAUGAAGAAGAACAUUGAUGCCAUCAAGCUGACCAAAGCCAACCCUCACCUAACAAAUAGUGCCAAGCGUCUAAUGACCACAGGGAAGGUGUCAGCCCAAAGCACUAGACAGGUGGAGAAAGCCUUUGGAGGCACUGCUCUUGCAAUGACCAAAGGAGCCCGGAUCAUGGGUGCAGCCACUACAGGUCUCUUCCUUGUGCUAGAUGUGGUCAGUCUCAUAGAAGAAUCAAAGCAUUUGCAUGAGGGUGCAAAGGCAGAGUCUGCUGCAAAGCUGCGGCAGAAGGCUCAGGAACUGGAGCAGAAGUUGCAGGAGCUCAUCCGGGUGCAUGACAGCCUGACUCAAUGACCUCUUCUUCAGUGCAGCUCAGAGGACUGGGGGUGGGGUGUGCUGGGCAGAGCCAUGGACACUUGAUGGCUCCUGAGUGUAUCCUCUUUAUACCAAUGCCAUGACAGUGGUAGUGCCUGCUAGAGGAAAGGCCACAUUAAGAGAAAGGAAGCCAGAACAGAGGUGGGACAGGCUUGUGAUCUCCCACUACACUUCUCUGCCCUUUUAGACCCAAAAACCUCCAACAUCCCACAUAAGGACCAUGCUCCCAAGCUGGGAAGAACAUCCAAGGCAUGAAAAACCACAGCAUGGCUGCUCCUCAGUCACACCCACCACACUGCUCCUAACUGAGGCUCACCAUCCUCACAGUUCCCUGAGCUGCCAACUUGCCCACUGCUUUCUG